AGAUGUGACUAGCGAGCGAUAACCGCAAAAGUAACACCGAUUACCUAAUUUCCAAAAUAACAAUGCGUUCCGCCUUAUUUUCUGGCGCCUCCCGGCUCCUGAGAUAUAACAGGAACAGCACCUUGCUGACCCGUGGCAGGAGCAGCCGGGCCACUGCCUCCAGCUUAGACAGCCAGCAGCACGACGCCGUCGCUAGCGAGGAUGGAAAACCGGAAUCGGUGGAGGAGUCGCCGGAACAACAACAACAGCUGCCCACCCGGGAGCCCCUGGCCAAGAACUUCUUCAUCGGGGUCGUGGACAAGGAGCUGUUGGCCUACCCAGAGGUGAUCCCACGCGAUGACAUGUCCCAGCUGGAAAACUCUGUGCUUCCGCUGAAGAAUUACUUCGGAGAGGCGCGUGAACCAGAAGGACAGAAAUCCACGGCGGAGACCUUCCGACAACUGGGCCUCUACGGUCUCAAUGUACCCAAGGACUUCGAGGGCAAGGGCUAUGGUUGGAGUGCCAGCUUGAUAGCCAGCGAGCCGGAUUCUUCAGACACCAGCCUAUCUCUCAGCCUUCAGAGCCACCGCGUCGUUGUGGAUCUUCUCAAGGAGGUGGGCAGUCCCCUCCAGAAGCAGAGGUACCUGCCAGAGCUGUCUGCUGGGCGCCUGAUAGCCACAGAAGCCAUUUACGAGUACACCUUGCCCGAGGAGGACUACUUCAACACCAAGGCGGAGUUCCAACCGGAAACUGGGAAGUGGUCGCUUUCGGGAGAAAAAGCCUUCGUGGUCUGUACACCUGGCGAGAGACAACUGUUCCUUGUGCUUGCCCAAACGCAACAACCCAACGUUCCCGGGGUUUUGGGACGUGGUAGCACCAUCUUUCUGGUAGAUUCCCAGCAGGAGGGAGUUCGUCUGGGCGAGAAGCAUGCAACCUUUGGGUGCAAGGAGGCGGAUAUAAGAAGAGUCCAUUUCGACCAGGUGAAGCUGAGCGAAGAUCAAGUCUUGGGACUCCCCCACGACGGCAAUCGGUACUCGGAGCAACUUGUAAGAUCCUCACGGCUCAGGGGAAGCUUGGUGGGCGUGUCCUUGGCCAAGAAACUGCUCAACGAGCUGGCCCAGUACAGUGUGGACACCACUCAGUGCGGAGUCGAACUCAAGGAACUGGAACUGACCCGCGUCCACCUGUCCCGCGCUCUGUGCUCGAUAUACGCCAUGGAGAGUAUGCUAUUUAUGACUGCCGGUCUGCUGGACGAGUUUCGGGCUCAAGACGCCACCCUGGAGAGCGCCAUUACCAAGUACUUUACGCUGCAGAAGCUCUAUCAGAUAGCCUCCCAAAACCUGGGACUGGUGGGGCCCAAGAGCCUGCUGAGCGGCGAGGCUACAGAGGUGGGAUUGAGGAAUGCCGCCCAGCUGUGCACGCAGGGCGAAUCCCUGGACACGCUGGGGAUGUUUAUUUCGCUGUCCGGACUCCAACAUGCGGGGCAAGCUUUGAAUUCUGGAGUGCGAAAGUCACGGAAUCCACUCUUCCACCCGGGACACAUCUUUGCCAAAUUCCUAGACACCAAGAGUGUCGACAAUCCAAAAACCAGCAUGAAACUUUCUGAGCAUGUGCAUCCCUCUCUCGAUGCCGCCGCCCUCUGCAUCGAGCAUUCGGUGGCCCGUCUCCAAAUGGCCGUGGAGCUGAUGCUGACCCGGCACGGCAAUGCGGUGGUGGAACGCCAGAGCGAAAUGCAGCGCCUGGCCGAAGUGGCAUCUACAAUCUACGCCAUGUGGGCGAGUACGGCGCGCGCAUCUCGAUCCUACUGCAUUGGCCUUCCGCUGGCGGAUCAUGAGCUGCUGACGGCCACGGCCAUCUGUUCGGAGGGCAGGGACCGGGUGCAUACACUCUGCACGGAGAUCUUUGGCGGCAACUUUGUUAACAACGACAACAACCUGGUGCGGCUCUCCAAGCAGCUGACCAAGAGCAGAGGUUACUUUCCAGUUCACCCACUGACGUUCAACUUCUAGGCUCUGAUUAUUAUUUGGUGUUACCAUUAAUAUAAAUAUUUGUUACUCAAUA